CCGGUGCGUGGGGCGGGGCCGGGGGCGGGGCCGUAGCCGGUGCCGUAGUGAGGAUCGUGCCGGUGCUUCGGGCCGUGCCGGUACCGGUACCGGCGCAUAUCGCGUCGAGGCCCGAUGAUCCGGUGAGGCGAUGGCGGCGGGCGGUGGGGGCGGGCGUCCGCCGGGCCCCGAGCCCUCCCUGGAGCCCUACGUGCAGACCCGCAUCUUCAAAAUCAUCGUGAUCGGGGACUCCAACGUGGGCAAGACCUGCCUGACCUUCCGCUUCUGCGGGGGAACCUUCCCCGACAAGACCGAGGCCACCAUCGGCGUGGACUUCCGCGAGAAGACGGUGGAGAUCGAGGGGGAACGCAUCAAGGUGCAGGUGUGGGACACGGCUGGCCAGGAGAGGUUUCGGAAGAGCAUGGUGGAGCAUUACUACCGCAACGUGCACGCCGUGGUCUUCGUUUACGACGUCACGAAGAUGACGUCCUUCACCAACCUCAAGAUGUGGAUCGAGGAGUGCAACGGGCACGCUGUGCCCCCCCUCGUCCCCAGGGUGCUGGUGGGGAACAAGUGUGACUUGAAAGACCUGAUCCAAGUGCCCUCCAGCAUGGCCCUCAAGUUCGCCGAUGCUCACAACAUGCUUUUGUUUGAGACCUCGGCCAAGGACCCUCAGGAGAGCCAGAACGUGGACGCCAUUUUCAUGUGCCUGGCCUGCCGGCUCAAGGCUCAGCGCUCGCUGCUCUGCCGGGACCUGGAGGGGCGGCAGGGCCAGGCCCGGCGGCUGGAGGCGGCGCACGAUACCGGCACUAAAGCUUCCUGCCCGUGCUGAGCGGGGACCCGCGGGCUCUGUCACGGUCACCCCAAUAAAGGCUCUGCGGCCACACUC